AGAAGAUCAAACCCCAAGAAAUCCAAGCACCCACUAAUUAUUCCACACCCCCCGCAUCGAUCCACAAAUAUUCCCCGCACACAACAACAAAACAACGCAGCAGCAGCAGCAGCGGCCAGAAUAGAAAAGAAGGCAAUAAAAGGUGCCCGAACCCGCGACGAAAAAGAAAGAGGGGGAGAAAAAAGGGUUUGGUUUUUAUUAAGCGAGAGGAGGAGGCGAGCAGCAGCAGUAGUACUCUUACUACCCUAGCUAGCAUACGAUGGAAGCGAUCCAAAUCGGAACCCAAUCCCAAAGGCGCAUGAAUGAUCCACCAGCUCCAGCAGUGGCCCUCCCUGUUGCUGCCUCCGCCUUCCUCCCGCUGCUGCUGCUGCUGUUCCUAUUUUUCUUUCCCCCACUUCCCAAUCUCCCCUCUCGUGCGCCUCGUCCCCCGUUGUUCGUAGUGUUCAAGUCAUCAUCAUUAGUACUAGUAUUAACUGUCCCGCUCCGCUUCGUGGCGAAGAAGAUCCGGCCGCACAUCGAUUCGACUUUUCCUCGCCUCGCCUGGGGCAUAUAGUGGGAAAGUGCCGCAUUCGCUCCUGUUUCUUGGUGCGGGGAAAACCCUACGGGAGGGGAAAGCUUCUGGGUUCCUCUGCUGGAGUUUGGAUCUAGGUUUCGGUCCUCGCCGCCAUGGACGCCGCCGGCGCCGGAGACGGGCCGCCGCGGGAGGCGCCGGAGGAGAGGACGCCCCAGAUCCCUGCGCCGCCGGCCGUGGCCGCCCCGGCCUCCGCCUCCGGGGGCGCCGCGGGCCCUUCUGGCUCCGGGGAGAAGCCGGUGAAGCGCAUGAUGAAGACCCCCUACCAGCUCGAUGUUCUCGAACAGACGUAUUUAGCGGAGCAGUACCCCUCGGAGGCCAUGCGCGCCGAGCUGUCAGUGAAGAUAGGCCUGUCAGACAGGCAGCUGCAAAUGUGGUUCUGCCACAGGCGGCUCAAGGACCGCAAGCCGCCGGCCAAGAGGCAACGGCGGGACGAAGAGGGCCCAGCAACACCUGUGCCCGUGCCGCCGCCUGUGUUGCCGCUACAGGCAAUGCCGCUGGCGAGCACCGACCUUAUGAUGAGCGCCGGCAGUCCUUAUGACGAGCCGCUGCUGCCCCUUGCUCACUCCCGUAGGGGAGCUGGACGGUCUUCGGCAGUGCCCAGGAUUUCUGCACCUGACAUUGGGAGGGACAUUGGGAGGAGGUAUUAUGAGCCAUUGCCUGUUAUGCUGCCACCACCCGUGGCGCCGAUGCAGUUCAGGCAAGCUGAGCUCAGGGUGAUUACUUCUGUUGAGUCACAGCUUGGGGAACCGUUGAGGGAGGAUGGACCCGUCCUCGGUGUUGAUUUUGAUCCGCUUCCUCCAGGCGCCUUUGGUGCACCAAUCGUUCCGGAGCAGCAAAAGCAGCCUGUCCGAUCAUAUGACGCAAAGAUAUUUUCUAGGCAUGAUCCGAAUCUCUUAAAGGUGUCCUCAUUUUUGCCCAGCAUGGAGCACCCUUUUGUUCCGAAUUCGUUUGCUGGGAAGAGAAAAUCAACGGUUGGUAAUCCACCACCUCAAGUUCACCCUCAUGGUGGAUCGAGGGCAGUUCAUGAGUAUCAAUUUCUUCCUGAGCAGCCAAGUGAUACGUACGAGAGAGCAAGUAGAUCUCAUUACUAUGACACUCCGGUUGAAGCUUCAAAUUCGAGGAUUCCAUCUCUCACUCCAGGACCGCACCUUCUCCAUGGAUCUGAGGAUAUGGUGCCUGGUUAUGCUUUUGAAGGCCAAGGUCUUCUGCCUCAAUCUGGCAGGCCUCAGGUGUUUCCUGCAGUAUCGACAGAUUACGAGAUGAAUCAAUCUAAUAGCAACAUUAAUUCUGUGCCAGUCGAUGGUCAAUUUGGUAGUUCUCAUGUUGCUGGCUUUGAAGACCCACUUAUAUCAUCGGAAACAAGGGCUUAUCAUGAUGAAGAUGCUUCUCGAGUGGAUAGGAAGCGAAAACAUAACGAGGAAGCAAAAAUUGCAAAGGAAGUCGAAGCUCAUGAAAAGCGGAUUAGGAAGGAGCUUGAAAAACAAGACAUAUUGAGGAGAAAGAGAGAGGAACAAAUGCGCAAGGAAAUGGAGAGACAUGAUCGUGAAAGGAGAAAAGAAGAGGAGCGAUUGCUUCGCGAGAGGCAAAGAGAGGAAGAGAGGUUCCAAAGGGAGCAAAGGCGGGAACAUGAGCGCAUGGAGAAGUUUUUGCAGAAGCAAUCUAGACGAGCAGAGAAACAAAGACAAAAGGAGGAACUCAGAAAAGAGAAAGAGAUGGCUAGGCAGAAGGCUGCUAAUGAAAGGGCCACAGCACGAAGAAUUGCACGGGAGUAUAUGGAGCUUGUGGAAGAUGAGCGCUUGGAGCUAAUGGAAUUGGCUGCGCAAAGCAAAGGGUUACCCUCAAUGCUUUGUCUUGAUAGUGACACAUUGCAGCAGCUGGAUUCAUUCCGAGGCAUGUUGAGCCAAUUCCCCCCUGAAAUGGUGAGAUUGAAGGUGCCAUUGUCGAUAAAGCCUUGGACAGGAUCCGAGGAAAGUGUUGGAAAGCUUUUGAUGGUGUGGAAAUUCUUGAUUACUUUUGCUGAUGUCCUCGAGCUUUCUUCAGUUACACUUGAUGAGUUUAUUCAGUCUCUUCAUGAUUAUGAUUCAAGGUUGUUGGGGGAAUUGCAUGUUGCUCUUCUGAAAUCUAUCAUAAAGGAUAUCGAGGAUGUCGCCCGAACUCCAUCGGUUGCAUUGGGGGUAAAUCCAGGAGGUGGCCAUCCACAAAUUGUUGAAGGGGCAUAUUCUUGGGGAUUCAAUAUACGUAACUGGCAGCGCCACCUCAAUCUUCUUACCUGGCCUGAAAUUUUACGGCAGUUUGCUUUAUCUGCUGGUUUUGGACCUCAACUGAAGAAAAGGAAUGCUGAAGAUGUUUUUUAUCGUGAUGAAAAUGAGGGCCAGGAUGGUCAGAAUGUCAUAUCCGCUCUCCGAAAUGGCUCAGCAGCCGUGCGUGCUGCCGCUUUGAUGAAAGAAAGAGGCUACACCCAUCGUCGAUCCCGGCAUCGCCUUACUCCUGGGACGGUAAAAUUUGCUGCUUUCCAUGUGCUUUCUCUUGAAGAUAGCAGUGGUCUCACAAUAUUGGAAGUUGCAGAGAAAAUCCAGAAAUCUGGACUUAGAGAUCUUACCACAAGCAAGACACCUGAGGCAUCUAUAGCUGCCGCCUUGUCAAGGGAUACAAAACUUUUUGAGCGAACUGCUCCUUCGACAUAUUGUGUAAAGUCCCCUUACAGAAAAGAUCCAGCUGAUUCUGAGCCUGUGUUGUCAGCAGCACGUGAAAAAAUUAGGGCUUUUCAGAAUGUGCUGUCUGACUCUGAAGCUGAAAAAGAGGUGGAUGAUGUUAGAGACGAGGAAUCUGAUUGUGAUGAUGACCCUGACGGUGAUGAUGUGAAUAUUGAGGUAGGAGAUGAGAAGGACCCCCUUCUUGCUGUUAAAGCACAAGGUGUAGUACCAACUGCGACUAAAGUUGGUGAAGUAAAAGGGGAUCCAGAUGGUUUGGGUGCUGCAUUAACUCGACCAAUUAGUUCUACUACAUCUCGAAAAGAUAUCGCCAUGCUUUCUUUAGGCGACUCCAGUGCAGUAGGUACUUCAAGUGUUUCACCUCUCAGAGCUUCAUCAGAUCAUCCUGAGGUAAUCACUGGUGAUGCUGAAGAUACACAGAUCGAUGAAAGCAACCAAGGUGAGUCUUGGGUACAGGGACUAGCAGAAGGUGACUAUUGUGAUCUUAGUGUCGAAGAACGUCUAAAUGCAUUGGUCGCGCUUGUUGGUGUUGCCACUGAAGGGAACUCUAUUCGAGCUGUUCUCGAGGAACGUUUGGAAGCAGCGAAUGCCAUAAAAAAACAAAUGUGGGCGGAGGCACAACUUGAUAAAAGACGUUCCAAAGAAGAGUUUGCUAGCAAAGUGCAGUAUAAUUCUUACACGAGUUUAAAGGCCGAUGUUAUUCCAGAAAAUAAUGCCACAGAGACUACUCCAACUCCAGUCCGUAAUCUUGAUAUAGACAAUGACGAAAAUGCAGGGACUUCAAACAAUAAUGAGAUACUUAAUCAACAGAGUAAUGCUGGCAAUGCAUCUUAUGAAAGGAAUGGCACGGGGCAAGAAACCAGUGCAACACCAGAUAAUUUAUCUGCUCAGCAGUAUGCAUAUGCCGAUAAAACACGGUCUCAGUUGAAAUCAUAUAUUGGUCAUAGAGCAGAGCAGCUGUAUGUUUACAGAUCGCUUCCCCUGGGACAGGAUCGGAGACGAAACCGAUAUUGGCAGUUUUCAACUUCCACAUCACCAAAUGAUCCUGGUUCAGGAAGAAUCUUUUUUGAAUCGAGAGAGGGAUAUUGGAGGGUUAUUGACUCAGAGGAGGUGUUUGAUGCUCUGGUAGCUUCCCUUGAUACACGUGGCAGCCGGGAGGCACAACUGCACUCGAUGCUGCAAAGGGUUGAGUCAACCUUUAAGGAAGGUAUUAAGAGGAAACAAGGCGCAGCCAUUGAACAAUCAGCUGGAAGGUACCUAAAGAAUGGAGCUACUGAUACAAUGCGUGCAAGUUAUCGUAGUGAGUUUGGAAGCCCAAGCAGUACUCUUUCCAGUGUCUCUGCUGAUAGCGCCACCACAUAUUCUGAUUCGUUCAAAAUAGAGCUUGGACGUAAUGAUGUGGAGAAGAUAUCUAUCUCAAAAAGGGCGGAUAGUUUUUUAAAAUGGAUGUGGAGCGAAUGUUGUGAUCGCCAACUGACAUGUGCCAUGAAGUAUGGGGAGAAAAGAUGCUCUGCACUGAUGCAUUCUUGUAAUUACUGCUAUCAGAUUUACUUAGCAGAAGAAAGGCACUGCUCGUCUUGCCAUAAGACCUUCAAAUCCAUUUAUAAUUAUUCUGAGCACACGUCACAAUGUGAAGAGAAGAGAAGAACUGACCCUAACUGGAAGAUGCAAAUUGCAGACUAUUCUGUUCCAAUUGGAAUGAGAUUGCUCAAGUUGCAGUUAGCUACCAUUGAGGCUUCGAUACCAUCAGAAGCACUUCAACCUUUUUGGAGUGAUGGAUAUCGGAAAUCUUGGGGUGUGAAGUUGCACUCUACCACAUCCGUUGUGGAAAUAUUCCAGAUGUUGACUCUACUGGAAGGUGCAAUAAGACGAGACUACCUGUCUUCUGAUUUUGAAACAUCAAAUGAAUUGCUUAAUAACUCAAAGACAGAAGAUAUGCCUUCCCAGAAUCCUUCCUCAUCACCUGGAACUUCUGUACUUCCAUGGGUUCCUGACACUACUGCUGCCAUCACAUUAAGAAUGUUAGACCUUGAUUAUGCUGUUUCAUAUGUACAGAAUCAAAAGGAGAGAGAUGGUGGAGAUUCCAUGAAGCUUGCAUCAAGGUAUACUGUUGUUAAGAAGGCACAAGAUAUAGAGCCAUUGGAACCAACUGGUUUUGACCUGUAUGAUGCAAGGGGGCCUCCCAGUAGUGGCCGCAGGGGUCGUGGAAGAGGAAGUAGAGGAGGUAGCAGGGGAGGAAGAGGUCGAAGUCGAGGUGGAAGGAUCCCAAGAGGUAUUAGCAGCUCAUCUAGGAUUGAAUUUAUGGAUGAGGAUGCUGCAUAUGAGAAAGCCCCAAGAAAGAACGCACGUCGAGGACGUGGCCGUGGCCGUGGCCGUGGGCGCGGACGUCGAACAGUUAGGCCUCGGCAGCCAUUAUCUGAGGGCAGAGGCAGAUCGAUUCCAAAGGCUCAUCUGUUGGGAAGCUUCAGCAUGCUUAGCAAUGUGAAGCCUUCUGCUGUUGAGGAGUCUCCACGAAGCUCAGGUGCAGAAGAGUGGGGCUUGGAGAGCAGAAGACCGUACAUCCAAGGUGAAGGUGACGAGAACAGCUCUGGAUCCGAAUCAGAUCAAUCAGAAGACAACGGGGAAAACGGCCAGCCCAUGGACGAGGAGUAUGAGGAGGAGCAGGUUCCAGAUUACUCGAGAGCCUAUUCUGGUGGAUUGAGACCCCUUGCCCAUGUCAUGAUGGAUGAUGAGACCGAGGAUGAUGAUGAAGAUGCUGAAGGGGACGGAGAGGGUGACGAGGAAGAAUAUGACGUGAACCAUGCUUCCGCCGAUGUUGAUGAUGAGAUGGACGAGGAUGAUGAUAUAGGUGAUGAUGGGGAUGAUGGUGGUGAUGGAGUUGAGGUGAAUGCAGAUGAAGAUGAAGGCGCGACCUCAUACUCGUCAGAGUACAGUGAAUAAGAGCUUCUGUCUCCGGUGACCAUUUAUGCAGGUAGUGAUACUGGUGGACAAUAAUAAGCCUUUUGCCCCUUUUUGGGGGCAUAGUGGGCUAGAUGUGGAACGGGGAAGCUGUUGCUCGGUAGGUUGGUAUGUAUGUAGUACAGCAGUCAGGUUUGUAUUGGUUAUCUGGUGGCACAUCAUGGUGGCUGCCUCGACAAUCUGCCAGUGUAAAAAGUGUGUGCCUUGUUAGUUUACUAAUUCGUUGGAGCAGUGCAAUUCCCUCAUGUGUACAAGUACAAUGUGCCCAAGGCAGAGUAUAAUUUUUAUCAGAAGAGCUGCCUCUGUUCUCCGUUGCAUGAUA